AAUAUUCAUUGUUCACUAUUUAUAUGUCCUCUCUAUUGUUUUUAUAUAUAAGCAAAAGUCGACCUUAUACAAUCUUCACCGUCUCUAUUUUUUUUUUCCUCUCUCUCGCGGAAAAAAAAACCCUAGUUUUUCUCUCUUCUCACCGAUUUUUCAUUCCGAUGCUUCUGGUCGCAUAGCCCAUCCCCGCAGAUCUGUUAAUUCCGGUUACAUAUGAAAUAACAUUGAAACAUUUGAUGGAUGAUGACUUUACAGAUGGAUAAAACUACUGCUUCCUCUUCAUGGGAGCGAGCCAAGUCCAUAUAUGAUGAGAUUGCUGAGUUAGCAAACAAGCGUCAGAAGGCUGGAAAUCCACCUGACCCAAAUUUGUUGCAGCUCUUACGUGAGAAGUAUGAAGCAAUAAUUCUUGAAAGUCAUACCUUUUCUGAGCAGCACAACAUUGAAAUUCCUCUGUGGCAGUUGCAUUACAAACGGAUUGAAUAUUUUAGAUUACACAUCAAUCGUGUAUUGGCUUCUAGUACCUCGACAGCAGCGCAAAAUGUCAAGGGUCCUUCUAAAGCAGAACAAAUUGCACAACUCAAGCUGCAGUUCAGAACAUUCCUUUCAGAAGCAACUGGGUUUUACCAUGACAUGAUCUUAAAAAUUAGAUCAAAGUAUGGCCUUCCCCUGGGUUCUUUUUCUGAGGAUCAACAGAGUCAAAAUUUGUCUGAUAAAGAUGGAAAAGAGUUAGCAGAAGUUCAAAAAGCCUUGAAAUCUUGUCAUCGUUGCUUAAUAUACCUUGGUGAUCUGGCUCGGUAUAAAGGAAUGUAUGCAGAGGGGGAUUCCAGGAGCAGACAGUAUGCUUCUGCUUCAAGUUACUAUUUGCAAGCAGCUUCUCUAUGGCCAGCCAGUGGAAACCCACAUCAUCAGCUUGCAAUAGUUGCUUCUUAUUCGAGGGAUGAGUUUGUAACAACAUAUCGUUAUUUCCGAAGUUUGGCUGUGGAGUAUCCUUUCCCAACUGCCCGUGACAACUUGAUUGUUGCUUUUGAUAAGAAUCGUCAGAGUUAUGAAAAAUUGUUUGUGCCCUCCAAAGACUCAUCCAAGAGGCUGACUGGUAAAGGAAGAGGGAAAGGUGCAGAUAUUUCAUUGAAAGAUGCGACCUUGGUAGCUGGUCCUGAGAAGGAUAAAGUAACUAUUGCAAAUGAGAUGCUCAAAGCAUUCAGCAUUAGAUUUGUUCAUCUCAAUGGGAUUCUUUUUACCCGAACAAGCCUGGAGACAUUCUUUGAUGUUCUUGCCUCCACUAGCAGCAGUUUACGAGAGGUGAUUUCUUUGGGCUCAGCUAAAGAGCUGACUUUGGGCAUAGACACCAGUGACAGCGCACUUUUCAUUGUUAGAGUCGUGACAAUGCUUAUAUUUAGUGUUCAUAACUCAAAGAAAGAGACAGAAGGUCAGUCAUAUGCAGAGAUUGUACAGCGUGUUGAGCCUGCCAGAAACUCCUUAACAGCUAGUUUCGAGUUACUUGGACUCGUAAUAGAGAAGUGUGUGCAACUGGGAGAUCCUUCGUCGAGUUACUUUUUGCCUGGUGUCUUAGUUUUUGUUGAAUGGUUGGCCUGUUGUCCUGACAUUGCACUGGGAAGUGAUCCCGAUGAUAGACAGACUGCUGUAAGAAAUAGCUUUUGGAACCAGUUUGUUGUCUUCUUCAAUCAAGUCUUAUCGCUUGGACCUACGUUUAUUGAUGAUGUCGAAGACGAGACUUGCUUCUCAAACAUGAGCUUGUAUGAUGAAAGAGAAACUGAAAACCGGCUUGCACUAUGGGAGGACUAUGAACUAAGAGGAUUCUUGCCACUGCUUCCAGCUCAGACGAUUCUCAACUUCUCAAGGAAACAUUCGUUUGGAACUGAAGGUCCCAAGGAAAAGAAAGCUCGUAUAAAGAGGAUCUUUGCAGCAGGGAAAGCUUUGACCAGUGUGAUCAAAGUUGAUCAGAAUCAUGUAUAUUUUGAUUCAAAGAAGAAGAAGUUUCUUGUUGGUGUAAAACCGGCAGAUGACUUUCUGGAUUCUCAUUCAAGCCCACCUAAAGCUUGUAAUGCUUUGCAAGAUAACCAGGUAAUGAUAGAUCAUAACUCGCCAAUAAUGCAGCUUGAUCAACAGAUUUAUAUGGGUGAGGAAGAUGAUGAUGAUGAAGUAAUUGUUUUCAAGCCGCUUGUUACUGAAAAGAGGAAAGAGGCUUCUGACCAAAUAUAUGUUCCUAGUGGAGGCUUCAGGAAAUCUGAUCAAGUUACUACUAUGGGGGACUUUAAAGCUUUAAGUGGAUCUGAUGUAGCUUUUCAUGAAAAUCAAAUUCUGCAAGCUAGAGGCAAUGCGAGUAUUCAAGUGCCUGCAUCUGUUGGUGCUAACCUUCUGGGACCUCUACAGCCAUCAACCCAGUCUCAAGCUAUGCAUAUGCAACAAGUUCAGACGCAGGCAGUGAAUCCUCAGCCAGCCCAAUCACUAGCUGCUUCUCGACUUCAGCCAAUACAAUCACAGGUCGCACAACCACUGCCAUCACGGGUUGUGCACUUUCAACAAACUCAAGCUCAGGUUUCACAUGUUUCACCGGCCCACUCGCAAUCUACUUCCUUUGGUGGUGGUAGCAAGUGGUCACCCGAAGAAGCUGCUUCUCUUGCUAGUAGCCUAUCUGGGUUUGCUCAGCUGGGUAAUGGUCAUGUAAUGAGGAAUGAGAUGCAAGGAAAUCAUGGAGUUUCCUAUUACCCUGCACACUCAUUACCCGUCCACCAGUCUUACAAUGGCAAUGGUAUGGGUGGUAUGCCAUAUUCUCAGUCAAGAACACCUGAAGCUGUAUUCCCACCCAAAAUUGAUCCUGUUUUAUCAUCCGGAGUUGUUGCUGAUGGCCUGGGCGUCCAAUCUUCAUUAGCAAAGAAAAAUCCAAUCAGUAGAGCCUUCAGGCAUCUUGGCCCUCCGCCUGGGUUUAACUCUGUCCCAGCUAAGCUGCAAAAGGAGCCAGCACCUGGUUCGGAAUUGUCUGGCAACAACCACCUACCGGUUGAUGAUUACAGCUGGUUGGAUGGAUACCAAGCUCAAUCUUCUCGAGGCGUUGGGCUGAACAGUUCUUUGAAUUACGCCACCUCUGGGAAACCAGAACACUUGGGUAGUACUGGCAAUGGACUGAACGGGCCUGCCAACUUUCCGUUUCCUGGAAAACAAGUUCCAACUUCACAGGUCCAAGCAGAUUUUCCUUAUUUCCAGAACCCUCAGAAAGAUAACUUUGUGGACAAAAACCAUCAGUCAACUCAACUCCCCGAGCAAUAUCAAGGACAGUCGACUUGGUCGAGUCGUCACUUUGUGUGAGAUCAGAAUGGAAGAGUAACACGGUAAUUGGGAAUGAUGCAGGUGAGUGUUACGCAACGUUUAUUGCUACCUAACUCCAACUGAUCCUUGUUCUGCUGAAGUCUCUAGUUGGAGUCUUUGUGGCCUUGGCUUCUUGUGGGGCACUUCCUACCUGACGGAUUCAGGACACAGCUCAUGUUGGUGAAGAGAUAUGUGGUAACAAGAAUGAAUGGUUCUGUGGAAUUGAUAGGAGUAAAGUGCCUUUCUCGUGCUACUUGAGGUGGAGAUGUUAAACCUUAUGAAUAAGAAAGGAACAUACGUAGCAUGUGGCUCACUCUCGAUAUCUGAAGCAGUUGUUUGCUGUUUUCUUUUCUUCUUGCGUAUGACUGUGUAGCUGUCCGUCCUCUUGCAGCUAUCUCUCUCUCUCUUGGGUUGCUUUACUUUUAUUUCCUCUAUAUUCUAUGCUUGUCUCAAACUUGUCUCUGUUUUGCUGUGUCGUUUUAAGUUGAACCAUCAUAAGGUGUGUGAAACUUUGCAAUGAAUAAAAAAGGGACUCAUGUGAUAAAACAUGAUUUGGUGUUGAAAUACUUCCUCCUCUUGAAGAUCUGUGAGAAUACCUUUGAUUUUAAAGGUCGGAUUUUAUACAUAAUUUCACUUCAUUUACAG